CAGAUGACAAGGGAUGUCAGGGCUGCUGCCGCCGUCGGUUAACACGCACAGGUUCACACCCAUCUUCGACAAUACAUUUUAAAGCUUCGAUAUCGCGGGAAAUGGAUAGAAUGACUUUAAAAAGAAGCAGUUCCACAGUGUUGUGAAUCGAUGAGAUCAAAUCGUGUAUUGUUGUCGAAAAUGUUUCUAAUCUGAUAUAAAAAAGUGUGAUGUGCUUCAGGGUAGAGCAAAAGUGAUUGAAUAUAUUACCAGUUUAUGAGAUUGUUCAAAAGAGACAAAAGGAGAUACAUUAUAUGUCGUGAUAUAUAUAAUGUAUAAAUUUUGCGAACAUUCGUUAAAAAUACAGGUUAAUCGUUUUUGUGAAAUUUAUUUCUAAUCCUGCGUGCAAGCGAGAUGUCGUAAGUGUCCUUCGAGGGAGGGAUAGAAUGAAGAUAAUAUAUACAACAAACGAGAGGAAAAUCGUAAAAUCGUAAAAAUUUUGCAUUUAAACGACGAUUUCAUAUAUAAUGAGAUUUUAUCGGAAAAUGAAUAUUUAAUUGAAACCUGCCGUCGAUGGAAAGUGAGAAGUUAGCAUGAAGAUAGUCUGCGUUAUUCCGGUCUCGAUAAAUCGAGACAUUUUUACGAUUUUCAAAUGUCAUUCAAGAAAACUUAUGCAUUCAAGGAUGCAAGCAGUCAGAAUGACCGAGGCAAGCGAGGAGUCGUGUUCAGUGAAAGCUCUAAUCAAUAAGUUAGGGCUUGAGGGAUUCUGAAUUCGUUGAUCGUUUGAGGAAGAAAUCUUCGUUGCAAGGAUGUAGGGGGGCCCAUACUCGGGGCCCCAGUGAGGGUUUCCUCUCAGACUGUUUGAACGUAUUAAUAUCAAAAACAAAGAAGAUUCUUUAUAGAACCACCAUACUCGUAUUAAAGCAUAGAGAGUUGGAGAGCGAGAGAAAGAGAAAGAAAGAUAUUUCCCCUGUGAUAUCACGAGUUUGUAACAGAUCUUAAAGUAACAUCAACAUAUAACGUCAAGAGGAAUGACCAGCAGUCAGAGAAUGUUACGUGUUCGUUAACUUAUUUUUUUUUUUUUUUAAAAUACGAACUGCUAGUUUUCUUAGUCGUUUUAAUUGUUAAUCGGUGUACGUAAAUAUAACAGCCUUAGCUAAUUAUUAGUGAAGUUCAAAAUUUCCGGGACAAUUUUCGACAAUUCCUUCGGUUCUGAUCUUUCAAUCGAGUGAAAACUGUGUCAAAUUCGUCGUCGAAAUCUUGACUCAGGGAAAUCUAAAAAUUAGAAAGAAAAGAAGAGAGAGAGAGAAAGAAUGUUAAUACUCAUCACUUAAGGAAAUGUGGGUGUUGUUAGUGAAAAACAUCGAUUGCGGUAUCAAUGGUAAAAUGAGAUGCGAAGAUACAAGAGGAAAUGGAAAGGAUGGCAUGCGAUAACAACGUUAAUAUCGGCGAAUUAUUUUUUCGAUGAUGAUGAGGCGAUUGCGCUUAUCUUCGAUUUUAAUCGCAUCAAGAUUCGCCUGAAGCGUCGUUCUCCCCUUAUAAUCGAAUAAAUCAGCAACCAUCGCCGAAGUCAGCAAAAAUGGUCGAUCUAGGAGGAUAUAUUAUCAUAUUGAUCAACCACAAUGACAAGAUCAAACUGUACGGUUCCCCGGCCGACAACGCGGAUACGCUGGAAGUGGCUGAUGAAAUUUUACAAGUUAACGGUAGCACGUUGGAAAAUGCCAGUCAAUCCGAAGUUAUUCAAUACAUAUAUCAGUGUAUCGAGUCUCGAACGAUAUGUCUGCGAGUGCGGAGGAGGAGCGGAAACAAGAUGGUAGAGCUGGACGGGUUCAACGCUGGUCGGGUUCGAGAAGCUUGGGUCAUCGCCGUCGAAAGGCGUGCAAAGGAACGAUUACAGCGGCUGGCAUCUCACUGGAGAAUCCAACCGCGGGAUAUCCAAGCGAUUCUGCACCAGCAGAUCAACGAGGCAGUCGCGUCGACGAGCGGGGACAGCGCGGGCAAAAAUGUGACGGGCAACCAAAUUACCGUGACGCUUGCCGACAAGGAGCCGAGCACGAAUGUCUUCACCACUAAGCUCAGCAACGGUAGCAUUCCUAAGGGGUUAGGGAAAGACGCGAAGGAAAUUCGAGGAGCGAAGGAGGAAAGAACGGAGAAACAACAACAACAACAACAACAACAACAGAGCUGUUCAACAGAGGAGACGAAACUUUUGACACCGGUGCAAGGCGGAAGAGUCGGGGAACGGCGUGCCAGCAGCCCUUUCCAAAAUGGUCAGACAGAAGUCCUGAUCGGAGAAGUGGAGGGCGGCCCAAGGUCGCCGCGGGGAUCCACGUCUUCGGCGGUGAACGACGCCAAUUUCCUGGGUCCACCGGAUGAACGUGACGGAAACAAGCCCAUUUGCAGGUCCCGAAGGCGUAGCGGCAGUGGCUUGACGGACACACACUCGCAGCAGCAGCAACAGCAGCAGCAACAGCAAGUGCAGGAGAACAACAACACCAGCUCGAAGAAGGGGCAGGAAGGGUUGGGCCCGGAUGAGAUGUGGGCCCCUGGCGGGCUAGGGCCUCAUCGGGAGCUACCAGUCGACGUGCCCGACACCCUUCUUCAAAAGGCCUAUCCCAACAAGGUAAACAGCCGCUCGUCCGAUUUCAGGAACGAGCUUCUUCGUUCUCCUCCCCGUAGCGCUAGCGACCUCGACCUCUCCCUAAACCUUAAAAACGACACCCUUAAAAAAUCGCCGCCGCCGCCGCCUCCGCCUCCGCCGCCGCCGCCUCCACGCAUCAACAACCUAGACAACCGCGCUAGAAUCGAUCCGAACAGCGAACCGGCCAUCCGGAACGGUCAGCCGCCGAUGCUCAAGAUCGAGCUGAAGAUCGAGAACCGCCUCGAGGACGAGGAGGAGAGAAUCCGGAAGGAGGUGGGCAGGUACGAUACAACUACCGGUUUUAAACCUCCUUUCAAAGAUUUCGAGGACGAGGAGGUGGAUCAAGAGGAGGACGAGGGGGUGAACGAGGAGGAAGAGGAAGAGGACAAUACGGGGGUAACGGAAGGGCAGAAGGAGUCGAGCGUCGAUCUCGACGUGGAGGAGGAUUAUCCGUUCGCGAAGGAGGAUUAUCCGACCAUGUUGAAGACGUGCAGCGACGACUCGGCCAGCCCGAGAAGCUCCUCCGGCAGAUCGGACAGCACCGCCCCCCUCGACACCAGCCUGGUGUUGAGACACGCGAAGACACGUGGCAAAGGCUCGCCCACCUACGACGCCAGGCGGAUAGAUCUCGGCUCCCCUUGCCGGGGACCCGUCGUCCCGGAGAUCAAGGUGGCGCCACUCUACCAGAGGGCCGCAACGAACACCGCCGCCGCCACCAACAACAACACCAACGCCAGUACCAACACCAACACAAACACCACCACCUCGUUCGACAAUCCCGCCUACGGCUUGGCCGAUCUUCAGGAUCUCCAAGGAUUUUUGAUGAGAUCGGACGAGGUGUCCGACCUGACUCGAUUGAUCGACGCCGAGCAAUGCCCCACCAUUCCACGAAUACCACGUGCCACCGAGCAAGACGUUGUUGCUUCCCUGUCCAGUCCCUCUCGCGGCAAACAGGAUAAGUUAAAAUCGGAAACGAGUAGUUGCCCGUCGGUCGUUUCGAGCAGCAAAUCGACGGUUGGUAAGAAGCAGCAGCAAUCGUCGUCGAGCGGUGGUCACCAUCAGCAUCAUCACCAGCACCAUCACCACCACCAUCACCACCAUCACCAUCAUCAUCAUCGGUCGAAACAGAAGGGGGGGAGAGGCGUGGAAGCGGAGGAGUCGCUGAUACGCGCGGGCUCGAGCGACGACUUAGCCGGUAUCGAGUCGGGCAGCAGCCUCUCCUCGUCCUCGAGGCGGCAGCACCAGCAGCAACCGCAACAACAGCAGCGGCCGAAGAAGAAGAGGCAUCAACAAAUCUCGAGCGGCUACUCGACCCUGAGGAGCGACGCGUCCACCGUCGAUCUCGAGCACGUGGACCGUGGUAGCUUCCUGGUGGUCGGCGGCAAAGCCUACCGCGAGGUGGCCGUCGACUGCCCCCCCGACUUCGUCCCCGUCGCCAAACGCCACCCCGUCUAUCCCCCGCCGAACAAGAACGGGAACAAGAGCGCGUCGCUGUCACGAAACCCGAAACGUGACGGCGGUGGUGGUAGUGGUGGUGGUGGUGGUAGUGAUGGUAGCAAUAACAAUAAUAAUAAAGUGGUAGCGAACGGGGACGAAGGGGGGGCGGGUAUCGUGCGCGCAAAGUACGAUCGUAGUAGUAGGUUUCAACUCGGUGGCAAGCCUGUUACGGAUCUCGUACCAGGAACGCCCGUACUCGGCCCCUCCUCGAACAAGGUAAGAAGGUCCAAAGUGAAGUGUAUGCUUUUCCAACGCUUUCUCUGCACCCUCGUCGCCACGCAUCACCCCGCACCGCGCUGCACGCUUCCGCACGCAACCACGCCUCGCGCCACUAAUCAUCACUCUUGCUCUAACCGCUCGAAAAUGGUGGACCGGGGGGAGGGAGAUGAGGAGGAGGAGCAGGAGGAGGAGGAGUACGAUUCGUGGUCGGUCCACUCCUCUCCCCGCCUCGACGACACCAAUAAUUCUUGCGAAGAAAACGUUGUCCGUUUUUCGAACGGGGCGGAGGGGAAGGAGGGGAGGCUCUCCUUCCUCCUCGCCGCGAAUAAGCGAUCGGCUCGAGGAAGAGGAGGAGAAGAAGGUGGAAGAGGAAGUAGAAGUAGAGAAACGGACGAGAAUUGUCGCAAUUCGUUGCGCGAGUCGUCUCUCGCGCAUGCGCAAAACAGGACCAACUCGAGGCUGUCGCUCGAGUAUCACGGGCUCGAUUCCAAGCUCGAUCUCGAGGCGAUCUCCUUAUUCGAUCUUGGUGGAUCGAGCCGCGUGCUCGAAUUCGCCGAGUCGAGUUUGAUCUCGCGGUCAAACUCGUGGGAAAACUCGGAGGGAAGGAGGGAAGAGAAGGAGGGGGGGACGCCGGAUCGGGAGAGAAGGAGGAUAAUACGUACGUACGCUUCGCGCCAUCGCUACGAUCAUCAUCAUCAUCAUCAUCAGCUUGCCGAGGUAAAUCAGACCGGUCUGAACGGGGUGAAACCUGCCAUCCCCCCGAGAGAUCAAAAGAGGGCACCUGCCAGACCGCCGAAAGAUAACCUACGUUUGUCCACGCAGAACAAUAACGUGGACAGCACCGAUAACGCGAAUGCCGAGCCUACGCAGCAACAACUGCAUUCCAUCAGAAAAUACCAGGAGCAGCUACGUAAACGAAAGGAUGAGGAGGAGAGGCAGGAGAUACUCAAUCGAUCGUUACGCGGAUCGAAGAAGCUGCAAGCUCUGGAGAGCCACGCGACCAGCCUCUCGGGCCAAGAAAAUCUCGCAUACACGCAGGACGAGGUGACCACCGUCGGCCGUCCAACGCACGUCACCGCGCAAGAAGUAGAGGAGCCUCCCAGGCCCCUCACGUACGGAGAGGUCGUCGCGACGUUGGAGAGGCUACAGCUUCAGUUGCGCAAUAUUUCCGGUGCUCUAGGCAUUUCGGGGCCGGGUGUCGAAGCCGAACUCGAAGCGGUGCGAACUCUUCUGGUGCAAAGUCGAUUCGCAUCUGCCCUCGCCACCCACCACAUCCUCAGAAAUCGUUUAAGAUCGAACAAAGUUUUGAAACAUCACACCGAGGACGCCUCCACUUUGGCACGAGACUGUGUGGACAUUCUCGAGAAAUGGCAGUCCUCGUCGACAGCAACAGGUGUCGGUGGAGCGGAAACGAUCGCCGCCGUCGAGGAACUGACAGGAAUUUUGACGAGCUACGACAUGGAGGCCCUCCUCCUCACCCACGACUCCAUCAUCUCGUACGUGGAUGGACUGCAGAGGAAACAGAGUCCCUCGUCCUCGUCGCCGAGCGGUCCACCGAGCCCCACUUCCAGCUGGAGAGGCUCACGGGUCGUGGACAACAUUAAAAUUAUCAGAAUCGAGAAAACUAACGAGCCUCUUGGUGCUACGGUCAGGAACGAGGGUGACGCGGUUAUAAUAGGGCGUGUCGUGAGAGGAGGCGCGGCCGACAAGUCCGGACUUUUGCACGAAGGGGACGAGGUUCUCGAGGUGAAUGGCGUGGAGAUGCGUGGCAAAAGCGUGAACGAAGUGUGCGAUAUUCUGGCUGGUAUGCAGGGCAGUCUAACCUUCCUCGUGCUCCCGGCACCCACGAGUCACAGGAACAAUUUGUCGAAUAGAAGGGAAGAUACGAAUCAGAUACAACACAUACGGGCCCACUUUGAUUACGACCCCGAGGAAGAUCCUUAUAUACCGUGCCGAGAAUUGGGUGUCAGUUUUCAAAAGGGUGAUGUGUUGCACGUGAUCUCUCAAGAGGAUCCCAAUUGGUGGCAAGCGUAUCGAGAGGGUGAAGAGGAUCAAACUCUGGCUGGUUUGAUACCAAGCAAAGCCUUUCAGCAUCAGCGAGAAUCAAUGAAGCAAACUAUCGCUGGUGAUAAAUCGACGGUACGCGGUUCUAAGAAAUCCAGUACGUUGUUGUGCGCUAGAAAGAAUCCAAAGAAAAAGAAACGGAACAAGUUUGGGGCAAACUACAACGACGACGGGUAUCCGCAUUACGCAACGACUGCCAUCGACGAUUACGACAGCGAGGAGGUACUUACUUACGAGGAAGUCGCGUUGUACUAUCCUAGGGCGAAUCACAAAAGACCGAUAGUCCUGAUAGGGCCACCAAAUAUCGGGCGACACGAGUUGAGACAAAGGUUGAUGCACGACAGCGAGCGUUUCGCGGCUGCUAUUCCUCACACGAGUCGUCCAAGAAAGGACUCGGAAGUGGACGGACAGGAUUACCAUUUCAUUUCUCGUUCUCAAUUCGAAUCCGAUAUACUUUGUCGAAAGUUCGUCGAACACGGCGAAUACGAGAAAGCUUAUUACGGCACCUCCGUCGAGGCUAUACGAUCCGUAGUUAACUCUGGUAAAAUCUGUGUUCUUAAUCUCCAUCCGCAGAGUCUGAAGAUCCUGCGAAACUCGGACUUGAAACCGUACGUGGUAUUCGUCGCGCCGCCAAGUUUGGAGAAACUUCGCCAAAAAAGGAUCAAGAAUAACGAGAGCUUCAAGGAGGAGGAAUUGAAGGAUAUUAUAGAGAAAGCACGGGAAAUGGAGGAUAAAUACGGGCAUCUGUUCGACAUGAUCAUCAUAAACACAGAUACGGAUAGAGCGUACAAUCAGCUGCUGACGGAGAUUAAUUCGUUGGAAAGGGAGCCUCAAUGGGUGCCUGCUUCUUGGGUUCAGUAAAAAGAAAAAAAAAAAAAAAAAAGAAAAGAAAAGAAAAUGGAACGGAGCAAAGUUUUUUUUUCGUAACACCAAGCCAAAUUUCGCUGAGACAGCGGAAAGGCCAGUAAUCGAGAGAGGCGGGUUUAAAGUCUGAUUUGGAAAAAAGUCACUUUCCAAGGACUGGUUCUUUUACUGGUGCCUGUUAUACAUUUUAACGUUUCGUACACGCGCGUUAAUUAAACGAUUCCUUGCCAGGCUAUCGUACUCCAAGUACCGCUGGUUUCGUGUAGUCUUCCGUGUCGUAUAUAUGGUGCCAUCUGAAUAUUCGAAGAUCGUCGUCAGCAAGAUCACUGUACAAAGAGCGUCGAAAAUUCGCGUGAUUUCUCGUUCCUUGAUUUACGUAUUCGAGCGGGAUUCUUGACGUUUAAAAACGAAUCUCGAGGAAUCGUUGGAUCAUGACGCUCGUUUUUCACCGUAUCAGCCGUAAUAAACGCUCUGGUUUUUCCCGAGGAUUUUACUCUGCAUAAUUUAUACCGACGAGACGUCCCGGGAAAAAAGUUGCUACUACUUUUGCGCAUAAGAUAUAUUACGUAUAAUAUUUUCCCAAAGAUGUGUGAACUUGAAAGAGAUCAUUCUUCUCUUCUCUUUAAAAAUCACCAGAUUUCUCCAGAAUACACCGAGCCCUGAAAGGAAAAAGAAAAGCAAAAAACGAAAAAAAAAAAAAAAAAAACGGAAAACGCGAAAAUCUUAAAUCUUACGAGAGCAGCCUUUUACCUCGCAAAGACUCGAAAGACUUUUCGCGUUGUUCACAAUUUUCACGAUAAUCCUCCUCCUCCUCCUAAGGAGAGCGCGUCCCUAUCGCUGAGUUUUUUAAGUACAAAAAAAAAAAAAAAAAAAAGAAAAAAGAAAAAAAAAAAGAAAAGAAAGAAAGGAAAGAAAUAUUUCGCAAGACUUUGCAAGUUGUUAACCACGUAAACCACGUUUCCUCGUAUUCGUAAUUUUUGUGUGAAACUAGUAAUUUCGAAGAAGGCGGAACUCAUAAACGUUUCAUCGUUCACUCUAGGCAAUCUCUUUCUCUCGUGUUUAUUUAGAGGAAAGAACCAUAACUUCUAAUCCAAGUAGACCUCGUUAAUACAAUAUAGACUUAGGCUCGUGUGUAAACCAGCGUAAACGAAUUUUUAAGACACUUUGGAAAGAAACAAAUUUUUUUUCUCUCUCUCUUUUUUUUUUCCUGCCCCUCUUAUUUUUGCCUUUGAAAAACCGUUUUUUUUUCUUUUUUUUCUGUCCAGUAUCAAACUUUCAUAUCAGCCAUGUAUCCAUAUACCACCUUCUUUACUCGAUUAGCAAUAACAACACAGGAUGUUUUUCGAAUCGAAAAUCCUCGCAAAAACAAAAAAUAUGAUAUCGUGACUCCUAAACGAAAAGAGAAAAAUUAAAAAAGAAAAAAAAAUCGACGAUCGAUCGUUUUUAGUUGAGGAAAGAAAUUUUCUCAAGAGUAGUUUCAUUCGUUGAUGUCGUAAACCCAGCUAGAAGCGAAAGAUUGUUUCCAGUGAGAGAAACGUGAAAAAAAAAAAUACUAAUUGCUACCUUUUUAGUCCACUAUUUAAGAAGUUACGUUAAGAAAUCACGCACGAUGGUCGGAGUAUUGUGCCAAGUAAUUAGACCGCGUGUCGAAGAGAACGUGAAAUGUGCCAAAAUAUUUGAAGAAAAAGAAAGAGAAAGAAAAAAAGAGACGGAAUGUGAGAGGGGCAAAGGAGGGAAAAAGGAAAAGAAGAAAUACUUGGGAAACACGCUCAACGGCACUUUCGUGUAUUUGUCGUUAUAUUAAUUCUGUAAAUAUUUAUGCACUUGUAUAGAACAAAAAAGAUGAAUGAAUAAGAAGUUAUUAUCGUUAUUAUCGUUAUUAUUAUUAUUAUUAUUAUUAUUAUUAAUAUUAUUAAUUGUAUUAAUUAUUAUUAUCAUUAUCGCUUCGAUUAUCCUCGUUAUUACUCGUCAUCGUUAUCAACCGUACUCUUAUUUUCGACCGAUUGAAACACAACAAGGUUAAAUAACGCGAACGAAGGUCAGUAAAACGAUUGUACUUUUUUUAAACGGCUAAUUCUAAAAUUAUCGACAACAGCCAUUUUUCUUUUUUUCUUUUUUAGUUGGACCCGUGCUCGAGUACAGCAUCAUUAAUGAAUCAUUAAUGAUUAAAAACCCAUUUAAAAUUUCCCUAAGUAAUGCGUUAACAGCACGCGCAAUGUACAGAAAGUCUGAUCCUUUACAGGAAUGAUGCCUGUUCGAAGUGUGUAUACGCUAUAUUAUUGCGAGUAUUUUUUUCGACAAUCCUAUUUGAUUUUAUGUGUACAAAAUAAAACGUACAACUUCAAAGAGGAAAAAUGUAUGUAUAGGUGCAUAUACUUUGUAUAUACGUAUACAGUACGCACACAUGUAUCGCGAAGAAUCGAAGGAGAAACGAAUAUCAAAAACCGACCAUUGUUGUUAUCACGAGUUAGCUAUUUUUAUGCCUUCCGUUUACAUCCAACCGUUCUUCCCUUCAAACCUGUGUGAAAGUGUACGAAAGUGAAAGAAAGUUCAAAACGAAUUAUACGAAGUA